AUGGAUAAGUCCACACGAAGAGCCAAGUUUGAAGGCGUUUGGAACGUGAUUCACGAUGAGCUAUUGGCUCAUUUGAAGGCUUGCGGAAUGCCAGCAGAGGCUCAGGAGUGGUAUUCUGAGAACUUGCAUUACAAUGUUCCCGGUGGAAAGUUGAACCGUGGAAUGUCAGUGGUGGACACUGUCGAAAUUCUUAAGGGCCGUCCGUUGACAGAUGAAGAAUACCUCCAAGUCGCUGUAUUAGGAUGGGGCGUCGAGCUCCUUCAAGCUUUCUUUCUUGUCACUGACGAUCUCAUGGACUCUUCCAUAACUCGCCGAGGUCAACCGUGCUGGUAUCGCGUUCCGAAAAUUGGCCUUGUCGCUGUGAACGACGCGUUCAUGCUCGAAGGAGCGAUUUAUCAUCUACUCAAACGUCAUUUCAAGAAAGAGCCAUACUAUGUCGAUUUGCUCGAAUUGUUCCACGAGAUUUCGUAUCAGACAGAGAUUGGGCAGUUGAUUGACCUGAUCACCGCACCAGAGGAUGCAGUUGAUUUGAGCAAAUUUUCAUUACAAAAACACUCGAUGAUCGUGGUUUAUAAAACUGCUUUCUACUCCUUCUACUUGCCUGUUGCGUUGGCAAUGCUAUUUUGCUGCGUUCCCACUUUGUACACCCCGCCUAAUUCCGCCUCCGCAGUGGCUCCUUACGAGGUAGCGAAGAGUAUCCUUAUUCCUCUGGGCGAAUAUUUUCAGAUUCAAGACGAUUUUCUCGACUUUGCUGGAGUUCCUGCGCAGAUCGGUAAAGUUGGGACCGACAUCAUUGAUAAUAAAUGUUCGUGGUGCAUCAACACUGCACUGUCUCUCACCUCAUACGCCCAGUAA